GUGAAACGAGUAUAGCAGUCCGCGGUUAUUAUCUUAUCUUUUAGACGUACUUUUACCCACCCAACUAUCCGAGCCAACCCGUUCACUCAUCCGUCCCUAUGCCGUUUUUUAUCAGCAUCUAUCAUCUUCUUCUUCUUUGUCCUUACUCCUCUUUCUCCAUAUGAGCCUGCGAACAUUACAAAAAACUCCGUGAAACUCUUACAUACAUGCAAAAAAGAGACUCAGAGAGAGAGAGGGAGAAUAGAAAAGAUCAGAAGAGAAACAGAAAAAUAAGCAGCUGAGACUUUGAAAGCAUCUGCUUCAUUUUCUUGUAUAAUCUAGGAAUUGAAGCAGAAGGGUGUUGUAGUUGCUGAAAUGGAGUCUGAUAUGAGUGAGAAGCUAUUGGAAAACAAGGGAAACUCGGAAGAGGAAGUGAAGUUAGGGGAGAAGAUAUGGUGUGAGAUGAAGAAAAUGUCGGUUGUGGCUCUCCCUGCAAUAUUUACUAGAUUCACAACAUUUGGGAUUAGUGUUAUUAGCCAGGCAUUCAUUGGCCACAUUGACCCUAUUGAUCUUGCUGCCUAUGCUUUAGUACAAACGGUGCUGUUAAGGUUCUGCAAUGGAGUACUGUUGGGCAUGGCAAGUGGAUUGGAGACUCUACUGGGGCAAGCUUUUGGUGCAAGACAGUAUCACAUGAUGGGCAUAUACCUUCAGAGAGCAUGGAUUGUCUUGACUGCAACCACUACAUUACUCUUACCUCUGUUUAUCUUCACUGCUCCAAUAUUUAAAGCACUGGGUCAGGAAGAAGACAUUGCCCGGGUUGCAGGGAUCGUUUCUAAAUGGUUGAUACCCGUGGCGUAUGCCUUCAUUGUAUCGUUUACCUGCCAAAUGUACCUACAAGCUCAGAGCAAAAACGUUAUUAUUGCAUAUUUAGCCGCAGUUACACUAGCCAUUCAUAUAUUCCUGUCCUGGCUCUUGACUGUGAAGUUGGAGUUUGGACUUGCGGGUGCCAUGAUUUCUACUAUAUUGGCAUUCUGGAUUCCUAAUUGCGGUCAGCUUUUAUUUGUUAUGUGUGGAGGAUGUAAAGAAACAUGGACGGGCUUUUCAUUCUUGGCCUUCAAGGAUCUGUUGCCAGUAAUCAAGCUUUCCUUUUCAGCUGGUGCUAUGGUCUGUCUUGAACUGUGGUACAAUUCCAUACUGGUUCUUCUGACAGGAAACUUAGAAAAUGCUGAGGUUCAAAUUGAUGCUCUUUCUAUAUGCCUCAACAUCAGUGGCUGGGAAAUGAUGAUAUCUCUUGGUUUCAUGGCAGCAGCAUGUGUUCGGGUUGCAAACGAGCUGGGAAAGGGGAGUGCAAAGGCAGCGAGGUUCUCCAUCAACGUGGUCGUGCUGACAUCCUUUGCCAUCGGAGUUGUGCUAUUCUUGUUUUUCCUGUUCCUGCGUGGGAACCUGGCUUAUCUGUUCACAGACAGUCACGAUGUGGUCGAGGCAGUUGAUCAACUGUCACCUCUAUUGGCAUUUUCUAUACUUCUAAACAGUGUUCAACCAGUUCUUUCUGGUGUUGCUAUUGGGGCUGGUUGGCAGAGUACAGUGGCAUAUGUUAACCUGGGAUGCUAUUACUUAAUAGGAAUCCCAGUUGGUGUCGUUCUUGGUUAUAUCAUUAAACUGCAGGUUACGGGUGUCUGGAUAGGAAUGCUGUUUGGUACGUUUGUACAGACCAUAGUUUUGCUUGUAAUCACUUUCAAAACCGACUGGGACAAACAGGUUGCAGAUGCUCAAAAGCGUGUCCGAAAUUGGGUGGUAGAACCUGAACCUGGAGAUGCAAAUUAAAACGCUUAGGGCCAAUUAUAUCGAACCAGGGUUCACCUUUCGUUAUAGACCGUGGUCUAAAAUGACAUUUAUAUUAUGUGUCUGUAGUUAAUGAAUUAUACGUAUGUAAAUAUAAUUUGAAGACACAUAUAUAAUAUGUUAACUACAUAAUAAAUUUUGUGUUUGUAAAUAAAUUGAAGACGCAUAUAUAAUACCUUAAUUACAUAAUGAA